AUGUCAGCUCGCGAUACGAUACAGCGUUUUAACGCUGUUGCUGCCGAAACCGAGGCAAAUCUGAAAAAAAACCCCUACUCAGAAAGAUACGACACCCCUCACUACGACAAACAUGCCCCAGACUAUGGUCGGCCACCGCCGGGAAGCAAAACGGAGGCGAGAGGCAUAAAGGCUGGUAUUCACAUUUGUCGUGAGAUUCUGUACCUUUGUGAAUUGAUCGACCAAAACGCUGAAGGAGAGGAGCCCCAUAGAUGGAUCAAAUUUGGAAAAUUAUUCAAUAUAUAUUCAUUUUAUUCAGAUAAGUUAGUUGGUAUGCUAAUUCGAGCCCGAAAAUAUGGACUAGUUGAUUUCGAAGGUGAAAUGUUGUAUCAACGGCAGGAUGACGAAAAGAUUGUUACAAUGAUGAUGUCGAUAGCUGAUAUUCGUGAACGUAUGCGGCCAUCUGGUGAUCCAAAGAGUUGUGUUGUUAUAGUUGAUAAGUGAUAAUACGUGUACUUGGAUUGUAUCAUAAAUGCGCUCAAUUUUUA